AUGUUGCGAAAACUCACCGUAGAUCAGAUCAACGAUUGGUUUACAAUUGGCAAAGCGGUCAGUGGGGUGGAAUUCCUGGGGGGCGAAGUCCGGACUGCUGGCUUUGCUCAUCACCUCGUGGAAUCUGUUGAAGAACCGCCGCCUGCUGCUAAUGUGACACGUGUGUUGCAAAAUGAUGGAGAGGAAUAUAUUAAAAGAUAUAGGCAAUUGGAGGUAAAAGAACUUGAGGCAGAAGGUGGCCGCUGUUCUUCCUAUAAACCAGGAUCACCUCAGCAUGAAUCUACUUUUAUGUCUUACAUACCAGAUGGCGAUUACAAAUACCCUGAUUUGCCCAUCUCAAGAUACAAGGAAGAGAUGCUUUCAUUGAUAGAAAACCACUCAGUGGUAAUUGUACAUGGAUCUACGGGUAGUGGCAAAAGCACACAACUUCCACAGUAUGUUUUGGAUCACUGUGCGCAGCACUCAAUUUAUUGUAACAUUGCAGUUACACAGCCCAGGAGAAUUGGUGCCAGCAGCAUUGCAAGAUGGAUUAGCAAGCAGAGAUCAUGGCCCUUGGGUGAACUUGUAGGAUACCAGGUUGGUUUAGAAAAAGUUGCAACAAAGAACACGAAGCUGAUUUAUAUGACAACUGGUGUCCUCCUGCAGAAAGUAGUUGGAGCCAAAAGUCUUUUGGAGUUCACCCAUAUCUUCAUAGAUGAAAUACAUGAGCGUACAGAAGACAUGGAUCUCUUGCUGUUGGUGAUCCGUAAAUUGCUGCGAACAAAUUCACGAUUUGUGAAGGUAAUUCUGAUGUCUGCAACUAUUGACUGUCAAGAGUUUGCCAACUAUUUUGCACUACCAGUUCGCAACAAAUUGUAUCCAGCCUACGUAUUUCAAGUGGAAGGAAAACCUCAUGUGAUUGACAAAUACUACUUGGAUGAUCUGAAACCUGUCCUUAGUCAUAUUAAGAUUCCUCUUCAAAUUAUUGAGGAACCACUGAUUCACCCAGUUAUGUACAAAGCUGCUAUUGCUCUAAUACAGUGGUUUGAUGAGCUGGAGACAAAGGAAAAUGGGGAUCGUAAUUUGGAGUUUGUAUCAGAACGUGGCAGUGUCCUAGUAUUUUUACCAGGCUUGGCGGAAAUAACUUACUUGCUUGAGCUUCUCACAAACAUGGUUCACAGGAGGUUACAAGUAUAUCCGCUUCACUCCAGUGUCACAUUAGAAGAACAGAAUAAUGUGUUUUUGGCUCCAGUUCCUGGUUAUCGAAAAAUCCUUCUGUCUACAAAUAUAGCACAGAGCUCUGUAACAGUACCAGAUGUCAAAUAUGUCAUUGAUUUUUGUUUGAGUAAAAAUCUUGUUUGUGAUGAGGAUACCAGCUAUCAGAGUUUGAGACUUUGUUGGGCAUCCAAGAACAGCUGUGAUCAGAGGAAGGGUCGAGCUGGCCGUGUAUCUAAAGGAUACUGCUACAGACUCGUAUACAAAGACUUCUGGGCAAACUGUAUACCGGAAAGCACUGUUCCUGAGAUGAUGCGUUGUCCAUUGGAAACUACUGUACUGAAAGUGAAGAUGCUUGACAUGGGAGAACCAAGAGCUCUGUUAGCAACCGCUCUCUCUCCUCCUGUUAGCAGUGAUAUUGAACGCACAAUUCUGCACCUUAAAGAGGUGGGAGCACUUGCUAUUAAUGAUCAUUUUGAAGAAAGAAAUCCUUACGAUGGUGAGUUGACCUUUCUGGGAAAGGUGCUGGCACAGUUACCUGUGAAUCAUCACCUAGGCAAACUAAUAGUUCUUGGACAUGUCUUUGGAUGUCUGGAAGAAACACUUAUAAUAGCUGCAGCCCUCUCUUUGAACAGUUUCUUUGUGAUACCUUUCAAGCAACAUCUUGAUGGAUAUAGCCAGAAUGAAGUGGACUGGGGCCGUUCCAACUACAUUCACAUCAAGAGAAUGAGAGAGAUGGCUGAGUUGUAUGAGGACUUGAAAAAAAGAGUUGGUGUAUUCAACAUGCACGUCAACACUCAUUCUCCCAUCAUGGAUCAAGAGCAUGCAUAUAAGCAGCGUUUUAUUUUGCAGGUGGUGAUUGCUGGAGCUUUCUAUCCAAAUUAUUUUACCUUUGUGCACCAUGAUAAAGAGGUUGCUGUGAGGGAAUUGUCAGGCAGAGAUCCCAAAACAACGGUGAUGCUAAAGAACAUUCCUCACUAUGGCUUCCUGUAUUAUAAGCAGCUGCAAUCUCUGUUCAGACAAUGUGGUCAAGUCAAAUCCAUUGUUUAUGAUGGAACCAAAUCUUUAUAUGUCGACUGUGGCUCUGUUAUGGUGUUCUAUGUAGAUUAUGGCAAUAGAUCAAAAGUGGCUUUAGACCAGUUACGAGAGAUUCCAGGCGACCUCCGAGAGCUUCCCUUUCAGGCUCUGGAAUUCAAGGUGCGUAGAAUACGUCCCUCUGCAUGGUCUCUUGUUUGUGGAGAACAGUGGAGUUAUGCUGCGAACCAAAGAUUUGCUUCCUUGGUCAGUGGCCAUGUUCUGACGGUGAAGAUUUUCUCAAUUGUCCAUGGCAUCUUGCAUGUGGACGUGUUUCAAAGCUCUGGCAUUGCGAACAUGGUGAAUAUCUGCACCAUACUUAUUGAAGAAGGCUAUGCAGAACCUGCAGAUGACUCUUAUGAAUCAAAACUUUCCUUGGUGCAGUUGAGUCUUACAGUUUUCCUUAUGUGUGAGAAAGAAUUUCUCACUUGUCAUGAAGAAGGGGUUGAUGAAAGCAGAACGAGAUACACAGGUGUCCUAUGUGGUUUGGGCUGGAACCAGUCUCUGGGAAGCCCAGUCCUCCAAGACCAUGACAUGGAACUUGCAUUUGAUGUGCAGAUUGAUGCAGAUGACAUAACACAGGUCACACUACUUGGCCCCUUCAAUGCCUACAACCUAAAAUUCAGCAGUAUGACCAGAAUUUCCAGAUUUAGAACAAUCUUGGUAGAGAAGGAGAGCGUAAACUCUGUGGUUGUAGUUGAUGCUCCUGAGAAUGCAUUUCAACAAAUACUGGUUGCUGCUUCCAUAUCUGUAAAUGCAACAGGCUCAGUAAUGAUGCUAAAGGAAACUUCUCUCAUGCCUCAUAUCCCGGGUCUCCCAGCAUUACUGAGCAUGCUGUUUGCUCCUGUGAUAGACCUCAGGGUUGAUGAAAGCAGAACGAGAUACACAGGUGUCCUAUGUGGUUUGGGCUGGAACCAGUCUCUGGGAAGCCCAGUCCUCCAAGACCAUGACAUGGAACUUGCAUUUGAUGUGCAGAUUGAUGCAGAUGACAUAACACAGUUGGUAUUUGAGCUGCUAGGAUAUGGAAGCAAGGAGAGAGAAGUACCUAUCACCCUAGCUCAGGGGUCUCCAACUCCCGGUGUGCAGACUGCUACCAGUCUACAGCCGGUUGGGAACCGGGGCACGGAAGCAGUCUUGAUUUGCAAAUCAAAACCUCGUGAAGCUGUUCCUCCCACGUGGUAUAAGAAGUCAUACGAAUGGACCCAGGUGAGAUCAUCACUUAUUAUUGAUCAAUCUGAUCAACCAGCUGUAAGCAGGAAAAAUUCGUCUCUAUUCCAGUUGCAUAAGUUGGUGUUAUUAAAUGCCUAA